AUGACAUCCUACACUUGCACCGUGUCAGUGCAGGCCGGCGAAGCCCCCGAAGAUGCCAAAGCACACCAUGUCAAAGACAAGUCUGGACGCCUAGCCUCUUUCGAGAACCCAAAUCCAUCAUAUGGUAUGUUCAGGGACCUAUCAUUGAUCCAAGGGCUUUCCAUGUUCCUCCGCAAUCGCAUAUCAGGCAAAUUACCAGUGCCGGAAACGUCAAACGCCAAAAUCCCAACCGUCAAGCCAACCUUUGCUACCUCCCGCGGCGGUGGCACCAACCUCCGCGCGACCUGGGUGGGCCAUGCGUCCUACCUCGUCGAGUUUCCAUCAGGCUUCCGUGCGCUCUUCGACCCGGUCUUCGAGGAGCGUUACGGUGCGUUGGCGCCCAAACGCUUCACGCCCGCCGCCUGCAUGCCCGGCGAUAUUCCGGAGCUUGACGCCGUCUUCAUCAGCCACAACCACCACGACCACCUCUCGGCCCCGAGCGUGAAGGAACUCGCCACCAGGUUUCCCGGCCUGCAUUUCUUCGUCGGCCGUGGUUUGGCUAAGUGGUUCCGGGACAGCGGCAUCACCGCGGUGACGGAGAUGGACUGGUGGGAGGACGCCGAGGUGACGCUGCAGAAAAUCCCAGGGUCAAAAGCAGGCCCCGGCAGCAAUGGAGGUGCUGACGCACCGGAGGAAAUUAGGGCAGCAGUGUCGUGCCUACCGUCCCAACAUGGAUCCCUGAGGUCCGGUUUCGACUACGGACAAUCGCUCUGGGCGUCCUGGGCGGUCAAGUCAGGAGGCAAAUCCAUAUGGUUCGCCGGUGACACAGGAUACCGGUGUGUGCCUGAGGGCAUGGAGGAGCUUGGUCCAGGCUUCGACAAGCUGCCCCGAAACCCUCAGUUCUCUCAGAUCGGCGACCUGCGCGGACCGUUUGAUACGAAGUGCAAGAGGGCCAUGGCCAUGCAUUGGGGUGCCUUCGCCUUGACGAGCGAGCCUGUGGAAGAGCCGCCGGCGAAGCUUAAGCAGGCCUUGGAGAUUAAGGGUCUGGCCCCGACAGGACUUUUUGAUGUGUGUGCUGUGGGAGAGAGCCGGGAGUUUUGA